GGUCUGCGGCGUGGGCCUGGGCUGUGGCGGCGGCGGCGGCGGCGGCGGCGGGGGAAGAUGCUGCAGUCCCUGGCCGGCAGCUCGUGCGUGCGCCUGGUGGAGCGGCACCGCUCGGCCUGGUGCUUCGGCUUCCUGGUGCUCGGCUACCUGCUCUACCUGGUGUUCGGCGCCGUAGUCUUCUCGUCGGUGGAGCUGCCCUACGAGGACCUGCUGCGCCAGGAGCUGCGCAAGCUGAAGCGGCGCUUCCUGGAGGAGCACGAGUGCCUGUCGGAGCAGCAGCUCGAGCAGUUCUUGGGCCGCGUGCUGGAGGCCAGCAACUACGGCGUGUCGGUGCUCAGCAACGCCUCGGGCAACUGGAACUGGGACUUCACCUCCGCGCUCUUCUUCGCCAGCACCGUGCUGUCCACCACAGGUUAUGGCCACACCGUGCCCUUGUCAGAUGGAGGUAAGGCCUUCUGCAUCAUCUACUCGGUCAUCGGGAUUCCAUUCACCCUCCUAUUCCUGACAGCAGUGGUCCAGCGUGUCACCAUCCACGUCACCCGCAGGCCUGUCCUCUACUUCCACGUGCGCUGGGGCUUCUCCAAACAGAUGGUGGCCAUCGUCCAUGCCGUUCUCCUUGGGUUUGUCACUGUGUCCUGCUUCUUCUUCAUCCCAGCCGCUGUGUUCUCCAUCCUGGAGGAUGACUGGAACUUCCUCGAGUCAUUUUAUUUUUGUUUUAUUUCCCUGAGCACCAUUGGCCUAGGGGAUUACGUUCCUGGAGAAGGCUACAAUCAAAAAUUCAGAGAGCUCUAUAAGAUUGGGAUCACAUGUUACCUGCUACUUGGCCUCAUUGCCAUGUUGGUAGUUCUAGAAACCUUCUGUGAACUCCACGAGCUGAAAAAAUUCAGAAAAAUGUUCUAUGUGAAGAAGGACAAGGAUGAAGACCGAGUACACAUCAUAGAACACGACCAGUUGUCCUUCUCAUCCAUCGCAGACCAGGCAGGGGGCCCCAAGGAGGAUCGGAAGCAGAACGAGCCUUUCGUGAGCCUGCAGUCUUCUGCCCACCCUGAUGGCUCGGCGGGCAACUGAUGGCUUUGUGGCAUUGUCCCCAGAGCACCAGGGUCAGGGCCAGGAGAAAAAGCCUUUGUCUUGUUUAUUUGAAUGAGCAUUGUAGAAGCCAAGAUGAUCUUUUAACAGAUAUCUACUGUUUGAAAUAUUUACAAACACACACACACACACACACACACACACACAACAAAGUCAUGAAACAAAGGAAGCUUUUACUCUGGAGGACUGUCUCCUGAGGAAAUAGGAUAUGUACCUAUAAUUGUACCUAUAAUUCAUAUGUGACAAAAUUACCUAGACUUUACAAAGAGGUAAAGAAUACUUGAAGAAGUGUGCUGCUGUGGAUAGAAGCAGAUUUUAUACUUUUGAUUGGGGACUUUGGGAUUUAAAUCAUUUUAGCUGAUGGCUAAAUAGUAACAUUUAUAUUUAAGAACAAAAAAAAGAGAGAAGCAUAGAGAUGUGUUUUAUAAAUAAGUUUAUGUGUACCGGUUUGCAUGUGCCCAUCCCAAAUCAUUAUUUUUGUAGAAUCUAACUUAAACCUACUAUUUAUAAUGAAUAGGCAACCAUUAACUGUGUACAUACAAGUAUAAAUAUGUUUAUAUCUUGUACAUAUGGUUUAGUCACCAGAUCCCAGCAUACUUCUUAACCCAAGAUUGUAGAUGUUUUUUCCUUUUGAUUUCUCUUUGUACUAAAGAAUCGAGAGUUGCUACAAUAAAAUAAGAGAAACAAUACAUUUAGGAGUGAGUUACUAUAGUAUUCUGCUACAAUAAAUGUUUCUACCCCUUGUAAUAGUAUGAUAUCAAGUGUCUAAAAUAUUUGUAAGUAUUUCUCUGGAAGAGAACAGCUAAUGACUAAUAUGAUUUGUAAAAGAAGUUAUUUUGUUUUGAAAGUGCGCUGUGAUUUGUAGUCACCUGGUACUAAAGCCCAGAACACGAAUAGAGAAGCCCCAAAUGAACAGAUUCUGUUAAAUUAAUCAGAGAGCUUUUAAAUUUACAAGAUGAAAUCAAUAAAAAUCAUAGCUGGUUGCAA